AUGGCUGCGGCCGGCGACGGCAGGAGGGUAUGGGUGGUGGACGUGGAGAGGAAGCUCGGCGAGGCCGACGCGUCGGUGGAGGUGUCGCGGUGGCAGCGCCACUGCAUCUACCGCGUGCCGGCGUGCAUCAAGGACCUCAAGCCCAAGGCGUACCGGCCGCAGGUGGUGUCGCUGGGGCCCUUCCACCACGGCGACCCCGAGCUGCUCCCCAUGGAGGAGCACAAGCGCCGGGCGCUGCGGCACCUGCUGCGGCGGGCCAAGAAGCCGCUGGAGGAGUUCGUGGCCGCCGUCGAGGAGGUCGCCGAGCAGCUGGCGAGCGCGUACCUGGACCUCGGCGCCGAGUGGCGCGACGGCGAUGGGAGGGAGCGGUUCCUGGAGAUGAUGAUCGUGGACGGGUGCUUCCUGCUGGAGGUGAUGAGGGCCACCAACCUCGACGGGAUCGGGAAGAACACCGGGGACUACGCGCCCAACGACCCCAUCUUCAGCCACCAUGGCGUCCUCUACAUGGUGCCCUACAUCCGCCGCGACAUGCUCAUGCUCGAGAACCAGCUGCCGCUGCUACUGCUCGAGAGGCUCGUCGCCGUCGAGACGGCCAAGCCUCCGAAUGGAGACGCCAUCAACAGGAUGGUGCUGAGGUUCCUGUCCCUGUCCUCGCCUCGGCUGCCGCCGUCCGGUGGCAGCCUGGGUCUCCACGCGCUCGACGUGCACCGCCGGAACAUGCUCUACGGCCACUACCAGGCGCCCCACUGGACUUCGCGCGACGUGCCGGAGGCGGACAUCAUCCGGUCGGCGGUGGAGCUGUACGAGGCCGGGAUCCGGUUCAAGAAGAGCCACUCGGAGAGCCUCCACGACAUCCGCUUCCGGCACGGCGUGCUGAGCAUGCCGGCGGUGACCGUGGACGACUCCACCGAGUACAUGUUCCUGAACAUGAUGGCGUUCGAGCGGCUGCACGUCGGCGCCGGCAACGACGUCACGGCCUACGUCUUCUUCAUGGACAACAUCAUCGACUCCGCCAAGGACGUGGCGCUGCUGAGCUCCAGGGGAAUCAUCCAGAACGCAGUCGGCAGCGACAAGGCGGUAGCGAAGCUGUUCAACAGCAUCUCCAAGGACGUGGUGCUCGAGCCGGACAGCAAGCUCGACGCCGUGCACCGGGAGGUGAACGCCUACUGCCGGAAGCCGUGGAACAUGUGGCGCGCCAACCUCAUCCACACCUACUUCCGGAGCCCCUGGGCGUUCCUCUCCCUCGCCGCCGCCAUCUUCCUCCUCGUCAUGACCAUCAUGCAGACCGUCUACACCGUGCUGCAAUUCUACCAUCCGAACAAUGGCAGUGACGGCUCGUCGGCGGCGCCUGCUCCGAUGUGAACAUUGCCAUGCUGCUUUUGCAUUCAUCUGCUUGUUUGCAUGCUGGCACCAUGUACAUUGAUAAUCUGUUUGGGUUUGGUUUUGCUUUGAUUUUCUUGAGGUAUAUGGUGCGUUGAUUGUUGCGGAUUUUAUUUCUUGAGUUUUUUUUGGGUCUUUUUGUGUGCCCUGUGUUGUUGUUUGAAUGAAGGAUUGGGAUAUCGGAUAUUGGAAAUAAUAUUUUGGAGAAAGCAGACCCUCAAAUCUAGUAG